GGUUGGUGUUGUCUCUUGGCCUCACACAACAACCUAUAGUAAACAAACACAAUGGCGGAGGAUUUGGGUCAGAGUUUACAGACUUAUACCGUUCAGCUGGAGCAGGUGGAGGCGGCGCUCACGUCCGACCCAACCAACGCCGAGCUCCUAAAGUUGAAGAGCGACCUGCAGGAAGUGAUCAACCUCACUAAAAACCUCAUCGAGACACAAGCCAAUUCAGUGACAAGUACUGCUGGUCUCAGCUCUAAGGAGAGCAGCAGCGAGCCUUCACCCAUAAAAGCAUGGAAAGUCGGGGACGAAUGUCUGGCUGUUUGGUCAGAAGACUCACAAUGGUACGACGCAGUUAUCGAUGCCAUAACAGACGAUGGCCUUGUAGCGGUCAGUUUCGAGGGCUACGGGAAUUCUGACGUCACAAAACUCUCCUUGCUUAAAGAGAGAAUCCCAGGAGAGAAGCGGGGACAACAUCACCCAGGCUUCUCAUCAGAAUCUGAAAAAAAUAAAAGAAAACAACUUGAAGCCCAGCGUCAACAAGCCAAGAAACGGAAACAGCGAAAGCACGACCGUCUGAAGCAGAUAGAGGAAGCCCAUGAGGCAGACAAGGCCAAGUGGCAAGCUUUCUCCACUAAAGUUAGAGGGACCAAGAAGCUGAAGGGGGUGACGAAGAAGUCGAUCUUUGCAACGCCCGACGCGGCGAAUGGUAGAGUCGGCAUCGGCACCUGUGGCAUCGGCGGGAAACCAAUGACAGAAUACACACACGCGGAAAAGUGGCGGAAAGGGACCUAAGAUGCGGGUGGAGACUUUGUCGAGCGUUCUAAUAAUACAUUUAUACCGACGGACUGAAAGCUGAAAAUAUCUCGAGUGGCGGAUAAUGGACCCUAAACUGUCAACCAUACCGAUACAUUUGUACUGACGAAGUGAAAAUGUUGAGUGACUGGACCACCUCUGUAUGUGACGACGCUAAGGUUAACAAGUGUCCAGGACGUGGGAUGUACUUAACGUCAACUUGUUCAUCACCUUCAGUUCGUUGUGUAUUUAUAUUGUGUAUCUAUCUUUAUCAGUUUUUGAAUGUAGACGUAGAGAGAGUCAAAUUUAUACCUUAAGUUCCGUUAGGGAGAGAAGCUGUGUGUACAACAACCAGAAAGUUUAAUAUCAAAACCAAAAGGUUUAAUAACAACCAGAAAGUUCAAGAAUAAGCAGGUAAGGAACAGAAUCAUAACAGUGGAAUGCAUACGUUCAUUGACACUAUAGUUUAUUUUUGGUUAGAUUAUUUUUGUGUUGCGUUACCUCGUUUCUUGGUGAACAUUAUAAACAUUAUUAUUUGUUGUGUUAAAAUGUCCAAACUCCUGUAGAACAUCCUGGUAUAGUGGCUUGCUUGUGUCUCCCUAUGUUUUAUUACUCUCUUCAUCAGAUGUAAAACUUGUAAUGAAAACUUUUAAUCAGAA